AUCAAUCUGCUUCUCCUUGUCGCAAUGAGAAUUUAAACAUAGAUCAAUCUGCUUCUCCUUGUCGCAAUGAGAAUUUAAACAUAGAUCAAUCUGCUUCUUCUCACCGCAAUGAGAAUUUCAACAAAGAUCAAUCUGCUUCUUCUCGUCGAAAUGAGAAUUUCAACAAAGAUCAGUCUGCUUCUCCUCACUGCAAUGAGAAUUUCAGCAGUGACCUAUCUGCUUCUCACCGUAAUGAACAUUUCAAUAGUCAACAUGCUCCUCACCAUAAUGAUAAUUUUAACAACGAUCAAUCUGUCCCUCGCCAUAAUGAUCAUUUCAACAAAGAGCAAGUUUCUUCUAGUUAUAAUAAACAUUUUAAUAACGAUCCAAUUUAUUCUAAUUACGAAAUGCAUCCCCAUAAUUACCAAGGUACUCGUCGAGGUGAUCGUUUAAGUAACCAAAGCAACGUUCAUCAUGGUGUCGUUCAAUCAAAUCGCGGCAGUGUUCGUAGCCGAAGCACUCAUAGAAGCUUUAGUCCUUACCAUACUCCUCCCAUUAGACAAGAUGUAAUGAUAGAUUGUGAUCCUCAUCCCUCAUCCAAAGAAUCCCACGGAAUAGAAGCUCCCAUGACGGAAGAUUUAGGUGGUUGGGAUUCACAGCCAAAUAAUGUUGAGCCUAACCAACAGAUCAGCCGCUGGGAAGCGGCCGCCGCAGAUCCUUCACUUUUAAUGACGAAGAUUGAAUCAAAUCUUUUAAAAAAGGCAUCCGAGGCUGUUGGAGAAAAAGAUGCAAAAAUUUGUAACGCUAGUUCUACAAGUACCGAGGCAAUGAAAGCGGUCGAACAAACUGAUGAUGAUGAAGUCGACUGGGUAAUAUCCAGUAAAGAAAUUAUCUCUCCGAAGUUGGAAAUUGAUCGACCACAAUCUCCGAGAUUCGAUUCGUUGGAUAAAGAAGAGAACACUAAAAGGAACACUUGGAAUAGAGGAAAGCAUUGGGGACGAAGUCGACACAACGAAGAAAUUCUUAAAGAUGGUUUUGAAGGGAUGAGUUUCCCUCCUCCAUAUCCAAUAUGUCCGGUCUCCUCAGCUACCGACUUGAAGCCCCCGGAACGGCCAAAGGUAGCAAAAAUGGUAGCAAAAAUUUUUGAGAACGAUUCACGGUCAUCCGCGCAAUCUUUUGAAAAGCUUGCAGAAUUAUCAAAAGAAUUAUGGAGUGGUUGUACGGACGUUCCACUCGAUUGGGCCAGCGCGACAGAUAUCGAAGAAUAUCUGAAUGUAAAAGAGGAAAACGAAAACCUCGGUUCGAAUUGGGACUUUAAUAGUGAUGACGGUAUGAGACCGGUGCCAACAAAAAGGCCCAAAGAACAAGAUUGGCCGGACGCGGGACCUUUGGAUUAUAUCCAUGACGACGUUUAUCCAGAUUCAAUGUACAAUGCUUCCUCGUCUAAUGCAGCGUCAACUUCAAAAUAUCCUAAGUUUCAGACACAAUUAGCACAAGGAUAUGAAGAUCACAAACACUUUCUUACCGCGGUACAAAGGGAUGGUGAUAUUUGCUUGAGUGAAUAUGAGUUUUCUCGUUUUAAAAAAGGUGGCCGUUUAGAAAUUACGAGAAAGAUGGUACAAAUCCCAUCUACUGAAUAUUUUGCUUCCACGGGAGGAUCACGAUUAAGAAGGCAAGGAAAAAAAAGGUCUCCCGAUGCAGAGCAUGUUUGUGAUAUGGUCAAUGGUAUAUAUCACACCACUCCUACAAAUUGGCUCAAUUGCAUUUUGGCCGUUGCUCAGGAAUUGAUUCCCAAGAUUAAUUUAUUUGAUACUGAAACGAUACAGAAACUUCUUAAGAUCCUUUCUUCACAUCUCGUUCUAAGGUCAGACAACAAGGAUACAGAGCAACUGAUUCGUAUAUUCAUCGCGAAUGAUGAUUUCUUUAAAGAAGUAUUUUCCUAUAUGAAAGAAGAAGUUAAUUGUGGUAGCGACCUUAUACCCAUUAUUCGACUCUCUGAUUUUGUUCUAAACCUUUUUCCCGAAUCAGCUCGGAAUAUUUCACAUAAUGAUAUCACUGAGGUUUGUGACAAGAUUAGAAGUACCUUUUCCGAGGUGGAAUCGAAAGAAGUUUGUGAAAGACUUAAAAACAUUAGAGAGAUGGUUCAAUAUGCUAAGAAGAUGACUUCAAAACCGCAAACGCCUUCCUGGAUUACUAUGCACUGCAAAAAUUAUGUUGAUAAACCCUUAGUGCCUUUACCCGAAGAAAUUUUCAACUUGAAAGCAAUGAUUGACAAGCCAAUGUUAACACAACAUUUGAUGAAUCGGCCAUGGUUGCCUGAUUAUGAAGAAAUAUAUCGUGAAGUUCAUUAUGAUUUGUUAAGAACUGAAGUUUUAGAGGAUCUUCAAAGAGCUAGCGUUGCUUUCUUCGCUGUUAAUUAUAAAGACCUUGUUCUGCCAGAUAAUUCGCCAUUGUAUAAUUACAUUUUCUACCGUGACGUUCGAAUUAUAAACACUUUUAUUGAUAAAAAUUUUACUCCAUAUGUUAGAGUUGGAUUCAAACCAAGUAGACCCGUUAAUUGGACUAAGGGUGAGCAUCUGAUCUACGGUACCUUUGUAUUAUUAUUCAAAGUUAAAACAGAAUCUGGUAAUAUAUCUGUCGAUACGUCAAGUAUGAUCUGGGCAAUGGUCGAACAUUUUAGCCUCGAUGAAGUCAGAUCUCAUAGUAUUGCACCACAAGAAAGUUGCGUGGGAUUAAACUUUUUCGACUCAGAAUUCGACAAGCUUGAUCUUAACGGUAAAUAUGUUAUGCUGGAAUCAACAUUGAACUAUGCUUCAAUAAGACCAGUAAUGGAAUGGCUCAAAGAACCAAGUAAUGGUAUUCAACGAAUUUCUCCAUUAUCUCGAGAAUUAUUUACGUGUGUUCUCGAUAAGUCUACCCCGGAUUAUCUUGAGAACGUUUCCUUUGAUAUUACUUCAAUAUUGGUCGAUCAAAAACAACCUGUCAUUCCUAAGAGCCGAGCUGAUUGGCCAAAUUAUUGGACUCCAUAUAGCUCCCCAGCAUAUAACAUGGAAUUUUCUUGUGUGCUUGCUUUAAGGCAAAUAAUUUCAAGAAAGGUUGCCGUGAUCGUGGCACCAGUUGUUACUUCGAAAGCACAAGUUGCUGCAAAAGCUGUUGAGUUACUUAAGCAGGCCAUCAAACAGAGUCAUUGUUUCGAGCCGAUUCUCAUCCUUGCACGUAGUUCAUAUGCUCUUGACAGUAUUUUGGAGCAAUUACUUCCUUCUUUCCCAGACCUAAUUCGCUGUGGAUCGUUCUCGAAAUAUAGUAAUCCUGAUCUAAAAGCACGUCAAAUUCAUGGUGUGGCAAAUGAACAUUUAAUUUUUAGACGCAGUUCUGUUCAAUUACGUAGAGAAUGGCUAAAAAUUCGCGAAAGAAUGAGUAAUGAGCAAAGAACGCUAGAAGAUUUGUGGAAAUUUAGGAGAUCUGCCUUGACAUUGGAAUAUUUUGCCGAAACGUGUCCCAGAGCGUUCCGCGAACAAUUAAUUCCUGCGAAAUUAAAGAAUUGUGAAUAUAAGAACCUUGGAUUUGAGUCAGAAAAUGCAAUGGUUGUACGUUGCUUAGAAAAUUGGUUAGAAGGAGAGUCCGAAUUGAAUACGUUUGACAAUAUUUUCAAAUUAAAGAAUAAUUCAUCUGACACUAAAGCUAAUAAAAGGGGUCCUUCGAAAAAAGAUUUCCCCGCUUUUCCACCUUCAAAUAGUUCUAAUAACCAAAGAACUAGCACAUCUUUUCCCACAAAGUCUCGCGUAUGGACUAAUGUUGUUACUAACCAAGGUUUUGAUGAUAACAAUCCAGUAAAAGAAACGUCACAUAAUAAUGGUCAACCAAAUCAUAAAGAUUCUCAAGUUGUAUCAUUGCUAACGGAACUCUCUAAAUCGUACUUAUUCGAAAACGAUAAGAUGAACAAUGAAGAUGAUAUUUCUACCCCUUCUGACUUUGAUAAGGAAAUCUUGGAACAUCAGAUUAAUGACCGUGUUAUAUGCAAGUGUGAAGAGGAUCAAGAACUUAAACCGGAAGGUCAAAAUUACAAAUAUCAAAUUGAUUUCGCUAGUGUUUCGAAAAAAUUUUGGAGUAAAAGUGGAAAGGGAAUUUGGUCCAUGUCAUCAAGCGAGCGAAGAUUGUUAUAUAAUAGGUUUCGUCAGCAUCAUCUUGAAUUCUGUGAUUCAGAAAUUAGGGAACGUCAAAAGAAAGCGAUAUUGGAAGCGGAAAAGUUAGAAACUACUCAAGUUGCGAGAUGGACUGAAGUGUGCAAUUUCGCUCCAGUGAUCGGAAUGACCUUUAAUUAUGCUACGGCAUAUCGUGAAGUCCUCGCCUCUGUUAAGCCAAGAGUUUGUAUUGUGGACGAAGCCUCAGAAAUUUCUGAAGCACAUUUAAUGUCAUUAAUUUCUUCCAAUAGACUUGAACAUUUGAUAAUGUUUGGUGAUAACCAGCUUUCAAAGCCUAACGUCAAGAGUAAGACCGCUCAAGAACACGGUUUAGACGUGUCCUUAUUUGAAAGAUGGAUCGAAUGUGGUGGGGACCAUGUUAAUUUGAAACAACAGUCUCGCAUGCAUCCAUCGGUUCAUGAACUUGUUCGUACGCUUUAUAAUAACGUUGACCCGACGGAACAUAGCGUAGCAGUAAAUAUUCCCAAAAUCAUGGGCGUCCCUUCUCAUGUGUUUUUUAUGACACAUAACAACUUUGAUGAAAACUGGAAAACAAACACGUUUGAAGCGAAGUUUGUUGCCAGCUUUGCUUUUUAUUUAUAUCAACAGGGAUAUGACCCAGCAAGAAUAACAAUUUUGACACCUAAUGUGAAUCAGCAAAAAUUAAUUUUGGAAUCAUUGAAACCAGAAUUAAAAAAAGAGCCAGGUCAACACCUGCCUUAUAACAUUCAUGGACGAUUGGACAAAGAGAAAACCAAAGCAGGAAAAAUUCAAGUUAAAUUGAUUGACGAACAUAAUAAUGAUGAGAACCAAAUCGUUUUACUUUCAUUAGUAGCGGUAAGCGAAAAAUGGUACGAGGAAGCUUUCAAGGUGUUAAAUGAUAAAAAGCGAGUAAUUAUAGCAUUGUCAAGGGCACUUCAUGCUCUUUAUAUCUUUGGUAAUGAGAAAAUGCUUCAGAAAAGUCAAAUAUGGUUUCCAGUUAUUGAAAAGUUAAAGACUAUACCUAAUGCAUAUGGUAGAAGCCUAACUCUCGAUUGCAACACCCAUAUUAAUAAAAAGAUUGACAUCACAAAUGUUAAAGAUUUUGAUACUAAAGUUCCAUAUGGAGGAUGUUCGGAACCAUGCCACGGUUUGUUAAAGUGUGGGCACGCAUGUCAAAGAAAAUGUCACCCUAUCCACCAUACAAAAGAAGUAGAAUAUAUUUGCUCUCGACAAUGCGGUGGCCAACAUAGGCCUCAAAAAUGUGAACAUGAUUGUCCUAAGAAAUGCCAUGAAUGUGAAAAGGCUGGAAAAUGUCCUCCAUGCGAACACCUUGUCGAUUCCACUUUACCAUGUGGACAUAUAAAAUCUAUACCAUGUCACCAGAUGAAUACAGAUCACUCAAAUCGUGGUUGCGAAGAGGAUGUGUGUCUGAAAUUACCAUGUGGACACAAACAUAGGGUUAAAUGCUACCAGAAAGAUAACGAAGAAAUUAUAAUGACUAUGGAAUGCAAAGGAAUGAAAUUAUUCACUUUUGCCAACUGUAACCAUAGUAUUAAAUUACCAUGUAGCACAAAGUCUCCCGUAUGUCAAGAAACCUGCGGUAAGAUGUUCGAUUGUGGACAUCUUUGUCAGCGUCAAUGCGGAAUUGAACAUUCUCAUGAAAGAUCUAAUUGUACACGCGAAUGUCCAAAAGGUUUAAUUUGUGGACAUCAAUGCGCGAACGGUUGUAGCGAACCUGAUCGCCAUACCUCUUUCUGCAUUAAACCAUGUCGUAUUAAGUGUUUACAUGGGCAUGUAUGCCCCAAAACUUGCCACGAAGAAUGUACAAAAUGCCUUGAGCCUUGUCCAUGGAAAUGCCCACACUAUGUAUGCAACAAAAGAUGUUAUGAAUUUUGUAACCGACAUCCAUGCAAUAAGCGAUGUCCUAGAGUAUUAAAGUGCUAUCAUGAAUGUAAUGGUUUUUGUGGUGAAGUUUGCCCGCCUUGCUUGAAAUGCAAUCCCAAUAAGCAAUGUAGUAUAACGCUUCAAAGCUUCUCCGAAAUAAAAGAUUUUGAACGUCUUUACAUGCUUCCAGAAUGUCAUUGUGUAUUCAUAGCAGAAGGUCUUGACAUGUACUUUAAAAAUCAAGUAAAAAAUGGCGAACAUACAGCAGUCAAACUUUGGCAGUGUCCCAAUUGUCAAGAACCUAUUUUUACAGCAAUGAGAUAUAACCGUUACUUAAAGACUGAAAUUAAUCUCUGGAACGUAAUAAAAUGCAAACAAGAAUCGGCCCGAAGUUUGAUUUCGGCAGAAGAACGAAAGCAAAUAAUAGAUGCAAUGAAUGAAGAAACACGAACCGCUGAUUUCAAUAGUAUGGUUGGUGGUAGAUGGUUUGUCUGUCCAAAUAACCAUCCUUACUAUAUUGGAAAUUGUGGUGGUGCUACUCAAGUCUCUCACUGCCCAGAUUGUGGAUACGUUAUCGGUGGGACUCAACAUCGAGUGGUCCCAUCAAACAGAUUCUAUGGCGAAUUUGAUAACAGUGCAUCGCCUGCUUGGCCUGGGCAGCAUUAG